AUGUUUUCCUUCGGGGUCUCCUUGCUAGCAAUUAUCAUUGCUGUUAGCGAUGCUCCUGCUAUAGUCAUAUUCAUCAGCAAUUUGAUUGCCAUUGUACCGUUAUCAAUGACCCUGACGUUUGCCACCGAAAGACUAUGCCAGGAUCUGGGGGAAACGGCCAGUGCGCUCCUGAACAUAAGCAUUGGCAAUCUGGCAGAAAUGAUCAUAUUCACAGCCCUGAUGAAAGACAAUAUCAAAGUUGUUCAAGCAUCCCUCCUUGGCUCUGUUCUCGUCAAUCUGCUUCUUGUCCUCGGUUCUGCCAUCAUAUCAGGGAGUAUCUUGUCUCCUGACCAAGUAUAUAAUACCGAUUUGACACAGUCCUUUGUUGGAUUACUAAACCUCACCGUGUCUUGUCUGAUGAUUCCGAGUGCUUUCUAUGGGAGUGUCAAAAAUACACAUUCGGCAGACGAUAUGGCAUUGUCAUUCAGUCGGGGUGUAUCCAUCAUUCUUCUGGGAAUCUAUUUUCUCUAUCUGUUCUUCCAGUUUAGAUCUCAUCCGCAUCUCUUCCAUUCUCAUCCGUCCAAAACACCCUUCUCAGGCAACGGAUCCAGUCGGAUCGAUUACGACCGACUUCACGAUGAGGUUUAUUCAGAUGAAGAGUCACACACAGGAUCUCCGGAUACGGCAGCAGCAAACAUAAUCUUUCCAUCGCAAAUGGAGCGGGUUCCAUGCCCCCAUGUCCAAUUUUCGGCACCAGCGGACAUACAGGCAGGUCAAGGAUUACCCAUGGUACACAUCGACACCGCGGAGAGGAGCGACACUCCUCCGAUUUUGUCGAAUGACUGUCACGCGUACGAUACCUCAGAGAAUCCAGACGGUCAUUACUGUCGAAACUUGGUGCUUGCGAAUCGUGCCAUCUCGAUAGCAUUGUUAAUCAGCUCAACUCUUCUCAUUGCUGUGUGCGCCGAAUUCUUCGCUUCAAGCUUUGAAACACUAAACGACAAGCAUAUCCUCGGCGAAUCAUUCGUGGGUUUAAUUGUCAUUCCCAUAGCAGGGAAUGUUGCAGAGAAUGUUACGGCCACAAUCGUGGCGGGCAAAAAUCAGAUGGAUCUCGCAAUCAGCAUUGCCCUUGGUUCUGCUAUCCAAAUCGGGCUAUUGGUCACACCUGUGAUUGUUUUAGCCGGAUGGGCGCUUGACAAGCCUAUGAGCUUACAUUUCGAUUACUUUGGGAUCGUGACUCUAGUUGGCUCUGUCCUUUUGGUCAGCUUCAUCGUACUCAAGGGAAAGACCAACUAUCUGGAAGGAGCCAUCUUGUGUGCUUGUUUUGCGGCCAUAUCUGUCGGGGCCUUUCUGUUACCAGUUGCUUGA